AUAUCUUUCUUUCAAUUCAAAAAAUCCACAGAUGAUUUUGUGUUGAUGACCUACGAUAUUUUAUUUUGGUUAGAAAUAGAAAAUAUGCAGUAAUAUUUUAAAAAUAUCAUAAUUACCAAACUAUAAAUCACACGUCCAUCCAUCGACUUCCUAACAACAAAGCCACAACCUCAAAAUGGCAGCAAUAGCGACGAAAUUAUCAAAUUCCUACGACAGUUUUUGCGAUUACAUCCAAAAAGAUACAAGAGGUGCAGAGAUUACAAUUUACGCAGCAUCGGGAUUGCUCUUUGCCUAUGCCUAUUACAAAAAACGUCCAAUCACAAAGUUUGGCAAAGGUACAGAUAUCCCGAGAAGCUUUGUACGUAAUAAAAUCACACAAUAUGGAGAAAUUGAUUCGAUCGAUCCGAGCUCAAAGAGUGGGCCACUUCUCUUGGUAAAUCACAAAGCCCCAAUGGGAUUUUUAGUUCCUAGGGCAAAACGUCUUCCAGUUAAGCUUCCUGGUGUGGCUGUAAAUGCGAAUGGUUAUUCCUGGCUGCAAACUGUUGCUGUCGGCAGGCGUAUUGAAUUCAUUCCUCUGUCCAGAGAUGGCGAUGACAACAGUGCUGUGUGCCGGGUUCUAUUGGUGUGUCCCGAAAACAAGCAGGGACUAAUUGACGCAUCCGAAGCACUUUUAAGUCUUGGUUUCGGAAAGACCGUAGAUCUACCAGAGACAAUUAAAGACGCAGAAUGGCGAAAAUACUACAAACAGUUGGUGAAAGUUGAGCAAAAUGCUAAAAAACAACGAGCCGGUCUGUGGGCUGCUAGUCUUCCACCACAAUCAUGGCCGUUGAAAAUAACUAAAGAAAAACUACAUUCGUUUAUAUUGUCACUGUUGCCAGCCGAUCGAAGAUUGCCUGAACUUGUUCGUUAGAGUUUGUUAAAUUUUAACAUUAUUGUUGCUCAUUCAUUAAAUUCAUCUAAAAGAAAACAAAAUAAUAAAAUUAAAUUAAACGGGGAUUUCAUUUGACCUUAGCGACUGGGACUACUUAGUUACAUAGUACUUAGCAGUGCCGCCUUAUAGUUAACUGCAAAAAUAAGUUGACAUCAUUUUAAUAAAAAUAUAUAUGUAUUUUUUGUAAUGCUUUUACAAUAA